AUGUCUUACGGUGGUGGUUACGGCUCCCGUGGCGGUGGUGGUGGUGGUUACGGAGGCGGCGGUUACGAUCGCAAUGGUGGCUCCAACGGCUACUCCAAUGGUGGUUCCAACGGUUACAGUGGCGGCGGCGGCGGCGGUUAUGGCGGCGGCUACGGCGGCGGCGGUGGUGGUUACGGUGGCGGUGGUGGUGGUGACCGUAUGGCUGCCCUCGGCUCCGGUCUUCAGAAGCAGGAGUGGGACUUGUCCGCGCUUCCCAAGUUCGAAAAGUCCUUCUACAAGGAGCACCCCGAUGUCACCAACCGGUCGCCCGCCGAGGUUGAGGCGUUCAGACGUGAGCACAGCAUGGCCAUCACUGGCAAGGACGUGCCCCGUCCCGUGCAGAACUUCGAUGAGGCCGGUUUCCCCCGCUAUGUUAUGGACGAGGUGAAGGCCCAAGGCUUCCCUGCUCCCACUGCCAUUCAGGCUCAGGGUUGGCCCAUGGCUCUCUCCGGUCGCGAUGUCGUCGGUAUUGCCGAGACUGGUUCCGGAAAGACACUUACUUACUGUCUUCCCGCCAUCGUUCACAUCAACGCCCAGCCUCUCCUGGCUCCUGGCGAUGGUCCCAUCGUCUUGAUCUUGGCUCCCACUCGUGAGCUUGCUGUUCAGAUCCAGCAGGAGAUUAGCAAGUUUGGCAAGUCGUCUCGCAUUAGAAACACGUGCGUCUACGGUGGCGUGCCCAAGGGUCCCCAGAUCCGCGAUCUUCAGCGUGGUGUCGAGGUCUGCAUUGCCACUCCUGGUCGUCUCAUUGACAUGUUGGAGUCUGGCAAGACCAACCUUCGUCGUGUUACCUACCUCGUCCUUGAUGAGGCUGAUCGCAUGCUUGACAUGGGUUUCGAGCCCCAAAUUCGCAAGAUCAUCGGCCAGAUUCGCCCCGAUCGUCAAACCCUCAUGUGGUCCGCUACCUGGCCCAAGGAUGUCCGCAACCUUGCGUCUGACUUUUUGACCGACUUCAUCCAGGUCACCAUUGGCUCCAUGGAUCUGUCUGCCAACCACCGCAUCACCCAGAUUGUCGAGGUCGUUUCCGAGAGCGAGAAGCGCGACAAGAUGAUCAAGGAGCUCGAAAAGAUCAUGGAAGACAAGACCGCCGAGAACAAGUGUCUCAUCUUCACCGGCACCAAGCGCGUUGCCGACGAGAUCACCCGUUUCCUUCGCCAGGAUGGCUGGCCCGCCCUCUCUAUCCACGGCGACAAGCAGCAGAACGAGCGUGACUGGGUCUUGGACCAGUUUAAGACGGGCAAAAGUCCCAUCAUGGUUGCCACAGACGUCGCCUCUCGUGGUAUCGAUGUGCGCAACAUUACUCACGUGAUCAACUAUGAUUAUCCCAAUAACUCGGAGGAUUACAUCCAUCGUAUUGGUAGAACGGGCCGUGCCGGCGCGAAGGGCACAGCCAUCACUUACUUCACCACUGACAAUGCUAAGCAGGCGCGUGACCUUGUUGGUGUCCUCAGGGAGGCGAAGCAGGUUAUUGACCCUCGUCUCGAGGAGAUGGCGCGCUACAGCGGUGGUGGUGGUGGUGGCCGGUAUGGUGGUUACCGUGGCCGUGGAGGCGGUGGCGGCUGGCGCGGAGGUCGUUCGCACGGCGCUAAUGGCUCGAAUGCUAUGCCUCUCGGUGGCAAGGGCCGCUGGUAAGCAUGUACUGCCGCUCCAAUCAUGGAGGCUUUGAUUCGCCUGAGAAUCUUGUCUGUCGUCUUGACUUUUUCCCUGCCAGGCCCUCGGUAGGCUGGCUUUCAACCUGGUGGCAUCCAUUUUUCGGACA